GGACCGGGCGGGGACCAGGCGGGGGCGGAGCGGAGCUUCCCGCCGCCUCGUCGCCUUCGUCCUCCCCCUCUGAGCCGCCGCCUCAGCCCGGCAGAGCAGCGGGAGUCCGCGGCGCCCGCUCGCCGCCGCGGGAUGGGGAGCUAGCGCCACGGCGGCCGCGGUGGCCGCAGCACAGCCAGCCGCCGCCCCCGGGCCUGUCCCGCCGGGUGCUCCGGGAGCCCCGAGCCCGGCCCCGAGCCAGGCCCGCGGGCGGCGGCGGCGGCGGAGCUGGGCAGGUGUCUGCGGCUGGAAGAUGGCGCCCUCGGGCUCGGGCGGCGUGAGGCGGCGGUGCCGGCGGGUGCUCUACUGGAUCCCGGUGGUGUUCAUCAGCUUGCUGCUGGGCUGGUCCUACUACGCCUACGCCAUCCAGCUGUGCAUAGUGUCCAUGGAAAACAUUGGUGAACAAGUUGUGUGCCUCAUGGCUUAUCAUCUACUUUUUGCAAUGUUUGUCUGGUCAUACUGGAAAACCAUUUUUACAUUGCCCAUGAAUCCUUCAAAAGAACAAGAUACUGAGAUGUGGUCCUUCACUGUUGGGCCAGUGUGGUUCAUGGCCAUCCGAUACUGUGACAGAUGCCAACUUAUAAAACCAGACCGCUGUCAUCACUGCUCCGUCUGUGAUAAAUGUAUUUUGAAGAUGGAUCAUCAUUGCCCAUGGGUGAACAAUUGUGUUGGAUUUUCAAAUUACAAAUUCUUCCUCCUUUUCUUGGCUUACUCUCUGCUGUACUGCCUUUUCAUUGCUGCUACCGAUUUACAGUAUUUUAUCAGAUUUUGGACAAAUGGUCUGCCUGAUACUCAAGCCAAGUUCCAUAUUAUGUUUUUAUUCUUUGCUGCAGCUAUGUUUUCUGUCAGCUUGUCCUCUCUGUUUGGUUAUCAUUGCUGGCUAGUCAGCAAAAAUAAAUCUACUUUAGAGGCAUUCAGAAAUCCAGUAUUUAGACACGGAACAGAUAAGAACGGAUUCAGCUUGGGUUUCAGUAAAAACAUGAGACAAGUUUUUGGUGAUGAGAAGAAAUAUUGGCUGUUACCAAUAUUUUCAAGUCAAGGUGAUGGCUGUUCCUUUCCAACUUGCCUUGUUAACCAGGAUCCUGAACAACCUUCUACUCCUGCGGGACUAAAUUCAACAGUGAAAAAUCCUGAAAACCACCAGUUUCCUGCAAAGCCUCUGAGAGAGUCCCAGAGCCACCUCCUCAAGGAUUCUCAGACCUGGACAGAGAGCAGCGCAAACCCUGGGAAGGGCAAAGCCGGUAUGAGCAACCCUGCACUAACUAUGGAGAAUGAGACUUAGUUCUACAAUCAGAAUGAAACCACUCUUGUAAAGUACCAGUGCUGUGGAGGAAUGGAACAAGCUUCCAAUUGGAAGGCACCAUUUGCCAAUUGUCCCUAUAUCCCUUUGACUAGAUAUGCAAAUUUUGUCUUCAGUGAUGGGGAUCAAACACAGCAGCAUGAAGAGUUUCAAGUAAUCACCAAACUGAUGCUUAAAACAGAACACUGUUUAUUCCAAUAUAUAAACUUCUGUAACUAAUACAAAUUACUAUUAACCUUUAAAAGUCAUUAAAAGGGAACCAUUUUCUGCCAAAACCCGAGAAUAAGUUUAUGGGCCAAUGUUCAUUCGAAUAAUUGGGUUUUACAACUUAUCUCAUAAUCCCAUUAUUCAUUUGAUAUUCUGUUUUAGAAAUUUUAGGUUAAUCUUAAGAUUUAAUAAAUUUCAAGUCAUGUUAUUAUGCAAAGCUGUAUUUGAGAGCAGGUAAGAAAUCAUCCUUGAUUUUUUUUUUUUUUCUGAUGUGAAAUUAGCUUCCGAUGAGAGAGCUGCAUUGACUAUGAACUCAUUACGGAGGCCAUGUAGCCUACAGCUGGUCAUUUAUCCCCUUGUGCAAGGUUUGAAUUCCCGUUCUAGACUUUGUCUCCCAUUGGAAGAUUCAAAUACAGAUACUGAAGCUCAAGUUCACUGUUCAAAGCAAUUGGAUAAAAACUUUUGUCAGACUUACCAUGGUGUUUUGACAAAGAACUUACAUCAGAAAUGUACUUUCAUGUCUUCUCAUUUGAAAUCAGAAGGAACACAUGCUAAUUCUCUUGAAGAUUGCCUGGCAACACUCUUUUGCUGGUUUGGAUGUUAUCAAAUCUGUUUUUUUUUUUUUUAAACUACUUGCUCAGUGUUAUUGUGAAAAGACUGAGUUUCUAAGCAUUUCUGAUAAAUCAAUGGAUUAUUCCUCCAUAUGCACCUGUGUAUCAUCUCUGUCUUUUCAUCAAAACUAUAAUUGUCAAUAGAUAUUUUUCCUCAAAUGCCUAUCCAGAUUAAAUUAUGCAAAUCAUUUAAAAAUGAGGAAGUUUAGUUUACCGUGAACUAAACAGCGUGCUGUUUAGAAAUGUAGUUUAGGGUAAACUACGAUAAUGUGUUUGUUGAUGCCAAAAUGUUUGGCCUCAGUAAGUAUACUCACAGAAGUUCUUGUGCCUUGUAUGCACUAUUUACAAAAAGGAAAAAAAUCUCAUUUUUAAAAAAAAUCUGGGAAGUAAGUUUUAUAAAUUAAUCAUUAGAAUGGUAAGCUGUGCCGUUGGUCCCUUUGGUACUAAUUUUGAGAAUUUCAAGUAGAUUAGCUUUUUAAAAAAAAAAUGGCUAAAUAAUUGAUGUAAGCAAGAAUUCACUACAAACGGAAAGACCUGGAGAGAAUAGAAUAAUGAAAGAUCCUUGCAAUCACUCAUCCUUGCUAAAAGCGUUUUUGAGUUUUGUUUGUUUUUUUCGAAACAGGGUUUCUCUGGGUAGUUCUGGCUGUCCCUGAACUCACUCUGUAGACCAUGCUGGCCACGAACUUUUGAGAGUGUUUAGGGAGAGCAGACAUCAGCACAGGUCAUUGUGGGAUCCAGGUGGGUGCGGUUCUGUGGAUGAGGACAAUGGUGCUUCCUCGUAUCUCAAGCUUGAGCGUUUGAUCUGACAAUCUACUUCAGAAGACUCAGAGGAUGAAGGAUGCUCUCCCCUUUGUCUUUAAGCAUGUUUUGGUCAUUUGUCAUUACCGGAAGUGCCAGACUGGAGCUCAUAGCUCCUGCUAGAAGUCUUUUGGGCAGCAGCAUGUGGUGUAUUUGAAGAUCUAUGCAGCAGAUUUUCUGAUAGCACAGUGCUCCCUUAUCCGUUUUCCAGGACAGGAGUCUAUGAGGCAUGUCCUUUUAUCAAAGUGGUAGCUGGUGGGGCUGGGGGAGGAUUUACGUUUUACCCUGGUAGGAUGCUGUUAUUUCUGCUCUCUUUAGGUCGUUUAUUUACUUAUUUUAAAUACCUAAGUCCAUACACCUUAGAGUCAAAAUGGAAAAAAAGAUUAAGAAAUAAAUUUUUUUCAGUAUGUUGUAAUGGUUACUUCCGUUUCCAUCCAGUUAUUUAACCUUUGAAGUUUGUUGGUCAU